ACGGCCAAAGUCUUGCCGCACUCAACAUCGCGUCUGUCCUCUUUGUCAUGCAAAACUGGCUGGACAGAGAGACAGGACCGACCGCGCAUCAUCCUCCCGAGGCUUCUUCAAUGGGACACUAAACAAAGGGUGCACUCUUUGUCUGGGCAGAUCCUUUUUCCAUUUCAACCACCCAGAAGAGGCGAAUCGCAUAAAGAACAUGCUGCCAAAGAAGACUGCAGGGCCAGCGCUGUCCUUCAAUACGGAUGCAACAAAGCUUCAUUCCAAUGGUGGCUCAUUGGGUGGACCCAUUGUCAAUGGCACUCGCUCGAAGGCGGAGCUUCGGGAGUUGAUGGAGAGCUUACAGCGCAGGAAAUCCACUCUGGAGGCCAGAUUGAAGGCCAAUUCAGACCGUGGCUACCUCACUUUAUCCCCACCCCCUAGUCCCCAGUCAGCUUCCUCCUAUCUACAGGAGCGUCCACAACUUUCCAUCAGAGUCCCCUCUCCUUACACGCCCACCAGUAGCCUGAGCAUGCCACCAUCCCCACACCUGUCGGAGCGCCCCAUAAGUUCAGUCCCAAGCCAACCUUGCGCACAACACCAAUCACAGGACAGCCUGUUGCUUUGCCACUCUUCUGAAGUUUACCAUCCAAAUACUACCACCUCACUCCUCUCCAUGUGGAAAGUUUCCUCUUCUUCCUGCAUGACCAAUGCUCUUCCUCCAUCUCAUCGAGGUCCAAGUGGGGCAGCUAGCAUGCCCUCCAGCCCUCGCUUGGGACGUAGGCUGAAAUUGCGAGAGGGGGAGUCUGCCAUGGAACCAUUGCUCCGGCAGAGAAAAUACUCCUCCGGCUCACUAAAUGGCCUAGGUGGGCAUAGUCGUUCUUUGCCCAGGCUGUAUCGAGGGGAUGCUCCAAUGCUUUCUUUGCCACCACGCCGCACUACCAAGCCACGCUGCAGCCUUCCUUCAUCAGAGAAACCACCAGAUGUGACCGUGAUAGCCAACAUGCCUGGCAGUCCUCGCAGGGCCAGCCUCUGUUCCGUGGGCUCUGCGCCGUGUUUGGACCAGGGAGUUAGGGAAAGGCGGCUUUCAUUUGGUAAAGGAGGGCUGGGACCAGGCAUGGGGCAGAGGAGAGGCAGUAUCAGUUCGCUCAGUGGAAAAGAAGAGCUCAGAGAUUAUCAUCAGAGACAAAGAGAUGAGAGACUGAGAGAACAGGAAGUGGAAAGACUGGAGCGCCAACGCCUCGAGACCAUCCUUUGCCUGUGUUCUGAGCUGGGCCGCACUGAUCUCAGUCGGGUGGAGACCGACUCUGGCGUCUCGCCAAUUUCUGACCUGCAGAAGAUCAACCGAGAGCUGGAGAAGCUUCAGGUGUCUGACGAUGAAUCUGUGUUUUCUGACUCAACCACAGGAGUAUCUAUGGAUAGCAGAUUUUUGGGUAAGGCUCGUGGUGAGAUCCUGACUCAGAGAGAGCGUAGACUCAGUGAACACAGGGAGACCAGACCUCAGUCACCCACCACCAGCCUACAGAGCUCAGUCCCCUCUCCUUCUCCACACCUCUGCAGCAAGCAGGCGUCUGAAGACAUGCAGCUGAGGCAGGAAGUGACACGUAUAGAAGAAGAGAGAAUUCAGGUGCUCAACAACAUUGAGGAACUGGAACAGAAGAUAAGAGAUCUAGACACACAGAUGGAUGAGUCCAUUAGAGAGAUGGAGGUAGAGAGGGCUCUCUUGGAUGGUGAGCAAGAGGCAGAGGUGGCUCAACUACAAAGCGAUAAGGAAAUGCUAGAGCAGCUCAAUGAAAAACUGGGCACCAUGGAGAAACAUGCUCAAACCAAACAAACUCAGGACAAAGCCCUGUUGGAGGCUCAGAGAGUUAAAGUAGAGAGGCUAGCUGAGAUGAUCUCAGAACAGAAGAUCCAGUUGGACACCUGUCCUGAAGCACUGAAGGAGCUGCUCCAAAAUCAGAUAUCCAGGCUCUGGAGAGACCGUUUGUUCUUGUUGGACACUGAAGCCUUGGAAGCCGCGGCGAAGCGUUUUGAAGAUCUGGAGUUUCAGCAGCUGGAAAAAGAGAGCCGACAAGAUGAAGAGAAAGAAUCACAGACACAGCAGCUGCUUAGAGAGAUUGCAGAAUAUCAAAGAUCUGUUGUCACUCGAAAGGAAAAGCUGCUUACCCUGAAGAAGCAGUCGACCCAGAUAACCCAGCAGGCACAGCGGGAAAAGGAAAGCUUCUUGAAAGAGAAGAGCAACGUCAUUAAUAUGCUGCAGAGGGAACGCAAGAACAUUUCAUCUUUGGAAAGGAAGUACUCUGAGCUGACAGGUGGUCAGGCCUUCCCCCUUAACCCUGUGUCCAUGAAGGAGCAUUUUCGCUCUCUGGACGAGAGGAGGCAGAGCAAUGGCAGUAAGGAGGGCGGAGCUCUGCUGAGUGACAGCGUAGUGUCCCGUAAAGGAGUGAGGCAGAGUUCCAGGACCAUAAGCAACUCUACAAAUAGUCGCAUUCUGUCUCCCAAGCCUCAUAUGCCACUGUCUCAAAGCUCUAGCUGUGGUACUGUACUCCCCCGCACUCUGUCGGUCACCUCUCGUGACUUAGACACACGCCGACUGCUCAAGGCAGGUCAGCUGUAUCUUAAUGAAGAUAGGCAGAGACUGAGUGAGAUGUCCAACAGGGCGGUUUCUGAAUCAAUUGUGUACCUGGAACCGUUCCAUUACCUGGAUAAUGGACACAACUUUGACACACUGAGCAUGGACAGUUCAGAAAGCCUGGAGACCAGCAUUUCAGCCUGUUCACCUGCCAACAAUUCCAGUGCCAGCACAGCUAAUAUGGCUAAGAUAGAGGAGAUGGGACACAUGCUCAGAGAAGCCCAGGCUGAGAAGAACCGAAUACUGGAGCACAGGGAGCUAGAGAUGGAGUUGCGCAGGCAGGCUCUUGAGGACGAGAGGAGAAGAAGGGAGGAGUUAGAGAGGAGACUGCAAGAGGAGACGAAUAGACGACAGAAACUAGUGGAGAGAGAGUCUUGUCCGUUAACACGGUACCUGCCAGUGAGAAAGGAUGACUUUGACUUGAGAGGUCACAUCGAGGCGGCUGGUCACCAUCCAGAAACUUGUUUUCACUUGGCCAUAACUGAGAAGACCUGCAGGGGGUUCCUGGUUAAAAUGGGCGGGAAAAUUAAAACCUGGAAGAAGCGCUGGUUCGUUUUUGACCGCAAUCGCAGGACGCUGGCAUAUUAUGCUGAUAAACAUGAAACCAAAAUGAAAGGUGUGAUCUAUUUCCAAGCCAUAGAGGAAGUGUAUUAUGACCACCUAAAGAACGCACACAAGAGCCCAAAUUCCUCCCUGACAUUCAGUGUAAAGACACAUGACCGAGUUUAUUACAUGGUGGCUCCAUCUCCAGAGACCAUGAGAAUUUGGAUGGAUGUCAUAGUCACGGGAGCGGAGGGAAAUACACACUUCCUGGUCUGAGCAUAUUUGUUAAAAAACAUUUAUCAAGCCCAAAGUGAAAUGAGUCCUGGUACUGCACUACCAACAUUCUGAAGCGGUUCCUUUAAUAAACAAUACUCUUUUAUACAUACUGAUCAUCAAAUUAGCAGUGCAGAUUUGCAGUCAUCCGGGAUGUAAAGUGCUUUACCCACCAUCUCAUGUAUCGGAUUUCAGAGGCAGCUUUCAGCUUUCAAAAGUACAAUACAACAGCUCGAUUUAUCUUUUUUUCUUUUUAUAUAUUCUGCCCCAUUUUCACCACUUCCAAUGUUGAGACUCAGGACAGCACUCUGUAAAUGUAGGAAAUCACUCUCAUGGUCUCUACAAGAAUUCUGCACACUUGCAAACUCUUAAUGAAGCUUUGACCUGGAUAUACCUCAAAGAAAUAGUUAAUUCUAUUUUUCAUAAUUAAAAUGAGACACCAAAGACAAAAAUAUUUCUGAUGUGCCAUACGGACUAAAAAACCAUAUCAGUAUUGUGGUCAGGGUAUUGUUCAGCAGUAUCCCCUGCGACUUGAAAUAUAUAUUUUUUAAUCUUUAAAAUACCUUGUAUUUGUUUUUAUGUUUAUUUUAUAUUUGUCCCAUAUAUUAUAUUUGUUAUACUGUAUUUGUUUUUCCAAAGUGCCUUAUUGAGCAUGUGUAGUGAAUUGCUGCCUAAAUAUUAAGCUAUUUACUUGGCACAGAUAUGUAUAGCGAUAAAAAUGACUGUGGUUAUUAGUGCUAUUUUUUAUGUACUAAUUGUGCCUCUGUAACGGGAGCCAGCUGGUAUGUGAUAGCCUCCUCGCUAGCGUGCCUGCCUCCCAUGCCGGAGAUGCUGGUUUGAAUACCACUCGGAGCAGGUCGUGCAGGACCGGUUACAUCUCCACGUUGCUCAAGAACAUUCCAGAUGGAAGCGCACCCUUACAAAACUGUGAUAAUUGAUUGUUUUACUGGCACGAUAACUGAUUAAUUUCACAUGAAAAUGAGCUUUGCGGCAAAACUUGUUUCCAAAGGUUUGCCACAGAAGUGUUUGCCAGAAGUCCAUUGCAAAUUGGCAAAUUGUCCACUGUUGCCAAAGGUUUGCUACUGCAGGUUCCACUACUGGUGAAGAGCUGCAACACCCUGGCAAACAUUUACGGAAAAUCGCAAGCUUGUCUGCAUGUGAAAAUAAUGAGUGGAAAAUUUGCGGCAAGUUUGCAGCUAGUUUGUGGGAAUCUGUAUUUUGUGAAAGAGUAUAGCACACCAAAAACAAGAGUUGCGUACCAAAACGCACACCCCUGCACUAUGCCGUUUUGUAGUGCAAGUGGUGCGAGUAGUGUGUUAACACUGAAAAUGCAACAAAAGAAGUGUACUACGAGUACCCGAAUAAUGCACUUCUUUGUGUGGAAAGUCUUCAUGCACUCAACAGUCGCAGCUUGGCGGUUGCCUGGCUGAAAUGCUGGUCUAAUUAUAACAAUUGUAAAUAAUAGAGAAUGUGGCAACAAGCAAAACUUCAGUGUAGACAGCACCUUACAAAUGUGAGUGAAAUGCUUUACAAGCACUCCAAGCUGUGGGAAUAUGUACGUUGUUUGAGAUACAAGUGUUAAACUGAAGUUGGCUAAUGCGCUAAAGCUAGCAGCAACACAUCACAUACGUCACUUUCAUCAGCUGCUAAAAGCGAAUGCUUCAGUGUAGUAAAAAAACCUUAAGUGUUCCAUUUGGGACGAUACUACACUUCAAGAAUGUUUUCACUACUUGGCUGAGUGCAGAGUCUAUUGUCAGGGGCGGAUUAUGACUAGCAAGGGACCCGGGGCCAAUUUUCUUUUUGGCCAUUUUAAUACUUGUUCUGUUAUUUACAGUCAGAUUCAUUCAAACACAGCACAGAUGUGGUGAAGAAUCCACUCAACCGAAUCACGUUCGCUGAACAGCCAAUGUUCUUAAAGACACAUUUUAACAUUUUAACAAUGUAAAUACUACAAAUUAUGCACACAAUAAACAAGCAUGUAACAAAACGUGUGAUAAAUGUGUAAACGGCCUAUAGUUAAUGGGGCAAUAAUACAUUAUGAAAUAUUUUAACUUCAUUAAACACUUUACAUAUUGAAGAAUUUAACAAAUAUACUCCUACGGUAUCUACGCAUUGGUUUGGUGAGACUUGUGGUUGUGUGUGGUGAUGAUUCUAAACGAGAAUGCCCCCAAAGUUGCCACCCUGCAUGCCUAAAUUCACCACUGACCAUUAUUAUUCUAUCAUCCAUAAAAGCCCUGUGAAGACAUAAUUUAAGUCAAAAUCCCCUAAACUACAUUACAUUGACAGAAUAUUUAAAUGAGCUAUGAGUCUUGAAUGUUUUGAAUGUUCAUGAUUUCAAACUUCAUCUGUCAAAAUGUACACUCAAGACCUUUUAUCUGCUUUAAGAUGCUCUCUUCUUUCUUUCUUUGUACUCUCAGAACUUUUGUACCACAAAAAUAAAAUAUCAAUAUCUUCUUUUUCCCAACCACCUAACCCAAGUUAUUGGGGCCCUCAAAGUCACAGGGACCUGUUGAGGGGAGUUAAAUAAGCUAUGGGUCCCACAUAUUUAAGAAUAUAUACAUUUGUUUUCAAAGUUGAUGGGCUGCGAGUCCUUGCAGCCUAGGGCCCUCCCGGGCCCCUGGGUACUGGCCCCACUGGCUCAGUCUGUAAUUCACCUAUGCCUAUUGUGUUAGUGCAUAGUGUAAAGUGUGUCAUUUGUGACAAAGGUAAGCUGAAUUUGUAUUACAUAUUGUAUUACUGUUUUAUAUGCAACUGAACUGGAUUUCUUACAGUUUAAUUAAAAGUUUAAUUUCAUCAGCUUAAUCCACAACAUCCACACUAUUCUGUUUUCAAUUUCCUAAAUUUAUUGUUUUCCAAAGUAUGCAGUCAUGGAGAGCGUCUUCGAUACACUUAAUUUUCGGUGAAAGAAAACGCUUUCUAUUGUGGAUGAGAGGUGUAAAUGUAUCCAAAUUAAUGUGUGGACGUGGCCUUGACAUUAAGAAGAAUUUUCAAGCUAUUGACCAAGCGCUCUGUAAUAGUUUGCAUUGACAGUGUAGUACUACAACUAACCAGCAGAGGGCGGCUAGAGGCAUGCAAUGUCAAGAAUCUUUUGUGACCCCAUGUUGAACACUUUGUUUUUAAUAGUUUGUUUGCCAAAGAAACAAUAUGCAUGUCACUACGGAAGCCCAGAAGUGCCAUUUACAGAAGAAUGAAGGACUAAAUUAUCAAUCUAUUAAUUUGAAAAUAAAAAUUUGAAUAAAUAAACCAAUUUAUAAAUGGACAAAUAAAUGUCAUUAUAUUUAACAAUAAAACUGUGUAUU